UUUUUCAUGCAAACUUCGACAAGGACAAGGAUUUCGACGGCCCAGGCUAUUUAUUUUAUGCCAGGCGGGUCUUCUACCGAAUCAGAGGGUGGCAGAUUGCAUCCUCAAAAAUUAUCUAAAGUUGAACAACAAAAAACAUUAAAAGCUAAAAAACAGCCAACUACUCCUACAGUUAAUUCUACAACGCUUAUUCAUGUCACACCUCGGCGAUCUACUCCAAAACAACGUAUUCGAAGAGAACAUUCAGCUUCAAUAACAAUACCACCACGAAGCGUACUUUCGGCGACUGAUUUUUCUUUGCGAUAUACACCACCAGCUGUUAUUACUGAAGGGUUGUCAUCGACCGUUUUUGCUGGUUCGAAAUUUACUGAUUCGCCUUCGGCCAAAAGUCUUCCUCUUCCUCCAUCUCAAUGGCUUUCACCAUCUACUUUUAACGAAAAUAAAAUGGCUGCAAAUAAUGUUAAGGAUGACAAUUUAACAAAAACGCCAACUAAAUUUUACGUUCCAACCACGGAACGAGAUGGAAAUGGAGGCAGUGGAGGUAUUCGAAUGCAUCCACUUCAUUUAAUUGCUGCGACAACGAUGAGCUCGUAG